AUGACCGUCCACAACCUCCUCCGUCGUGGCAUGGACAUAGUCGCACUGGCCGACAAGUCUCAGCACGACGACGACAAUGACAAGCCCAUGAACCCACUCGCCCUGAUGGUGAUCACCCUCACCUUUCUGGCCUUCCUCUUCCUCAUGUUUACCAUUUCCUACACCUACGGCCACGUCAUCCCAACACUCUGCAUGAUUGAGACCCCCUCAGCACAGGCCUACGUCCCCGUCAAUGCCGCGGCAGCGCCCGAUGCCCCUCCUGCGUACGAUGCCGUCCCGAAGCCCGACGAUGAAGAAGCAGACGUUCUCCUCGUACAAAACAAGCCUAUCACCACGUCUAUCAGGGCAACAAUCCUGCACCUGCGAGCGAAAGCCGGCUACUGGUCCCGCUUCCGCGGCCUGUCUGUCUUCCUCGUCUGGAACUUCAUCAGGAGCUUGAUCACCAAUAUCAUUGGGGCGCCUUUUAUGCACCCUAUUGGCUUCGCGGUUGCUGCCAUCAUUGCUGAGACGCUUCUCGCUCGCCUGCAUUUGACAUGGGUUCACAUUGUCAUCUCCGAACCUUCAACGAAGCCUUGGUACCGCCGUGUUCCUCCCUGGAAUACCUGGAAGAAGAUUGCCCCAGCCGUUGCCCUCCUCUCGGUCUGCACCCAGAUCACCGUCACCAUGCCGCUACUUGUCACCGGCAGCUUUGGCGCCUGGAAGCAUAUGCAAGAUCCAGAGUACGAGCCAGGUACUGGCGACCUGUAUGCCUCUGGCGGCCAGGCAUUCUUCGCCUUCCUCGUCUUCAUCGCCCUUUUCGUUGGCAUUCAGAUCCCCGCUCUCGUCACAAUGGUCCGCGUCGCAGCCAGCAUGCUCCCCGAGGAAGACGAGACCAUCGUCGAAUUCGAUCGCAGUUUCCAGGGCCGCACCACACCGGAGAUCAUUGGAGGCCAAGGCAAGAUCGGCAUCGUCGAGGCGUGGAAGAGCUACCCCCGCACCAGCCGCAUCAGACUUCUCAAGUUAAUGGCCAAGGUGGCGGCCAUCUCAGCUGCGGCCUGGAUGUUCUUCGUUAUGGUCCUCGUAGCAGAAACUCAUCUCUUGCUGGGCGAGAACGUCGGCGCCUUUAUGAGGGCUGUGCACGGCCGGAACUGA